AUGAGUUUAUUGACUAGCGACUUAGAACACGAAUCCAAAUAUCCAGCGAUCAAAAAGGCGAAUAUUGAGACAACGUACAGUAUUUUCAAUAUGCCAUUAUUCGAUCAUGUUCGAGCAGUUGGUCAGAUACCCUCGUGGAUUCGCGUUAAAGUUGCUAAUGAAUUAGCGUCAACUGCUAAGGAAUGGUGCCAAAUAUAUGAACGGUACAAUUCCGGUACAUACAAUAACCAGUGGCUUGUCGUUGAUUACAAACUUUUCAAACCACGCCAAAAUUUACCCCCAAUCGGUCUACUUUACUUACUUGAACAAGUUCCAGGCACGAUAAUAUACCGUGAUAUGACCUGGUAUCUUCGCAAGUACACUUACUUCCCCAGUUACAAUGUACCCUAUUUCAAAAACACAACAACCCUGAGUGGUUUCGACAAAUUUGUGAGUUUUUUAAACUAUUAUUCACUGUCCACUCUCAAAUUUCGACAUUCACUUUCGUGA